AUGAAGCCCGACCUGAAGCCUCCUUCUGUGGUCCUCCUCCUCGUUGGACUGUCUCUCCCUGUGGACGGCUGUCCUCCAAGCUGCAAGUGCGAUUGGAAAACCAAACGUGCAUCAUGCACUGGAGUUGAACUUGUGCCUGUUUUCCAUUUGUCCUUUCAGGAGGUGUGGCUCGUGAGGACAAAGCUUGCUUCCAUUCCUCAAAAUACUUUUGCCAGUUUGCCCAACAUUUCUCACAUAUACAUCUCUGAUGACAGUGCCUUAAGAUCUCUUGAGAGAUAUUCUUUCUACAAUCUGUCCAGCAUCAUGCACAUAGAGCUGCACAGCAUCAAAACACUGUCACACAUUGAUCCAGAGGCAUUCAAGGAACUUCCCAACUUAAAAUAUCUUGGGAUCACCAACACGGGUCUGACAUCAUUUCCUGCCUUACAAUACAUUCAGUCGAGACAGGAGGAUUUCAUUUUGGAAAUAAUGGAAAAUGUCCUCCUACGAGUGAUCCCUGCCAACUCCUUCACUGGAGUAUCUGAGAACGCUAUGACAGUCAUGCUUAAUGGAAACGGUUUGACGGAGAUCCAGGACUACGCGUUCAAUGGCAGCCAGCUGGAAGAAGUAUAUCUUCACAGGAAUAUGGAUUUGGAACAUAUAGCAGAAUAUGCAUUUUAUGGGGUGAUUCAUGGCCCCACUCACUUAGACCUUUCAGAAACCAAAGUACGCUCUCUGCCUUCAAUAGGCAUGAGCAGCAUUGAGAUCCUUCAAGUUCGUAAAACAUGGGCACUCAAAGCUCUGCCUCCUUCUAGUGCUUUUCUUCAUUUGCAGAGUGCUCACAUGACCUUCGCAAGCCAUUGCUGUGGCCUUAAAACGCUCAAAAGAUGGAGAAGAGAAGAACAUUUCUGUAACCAAACCAGGGCUGCUGUCGCACAGGUUCAGGAAACCUUCACAGUUCUGGGAAACGAUCUGCCCCAAGAUCUGAAAAACAACUUCCAGACCCAAACUUACCAUCGAAACAACCCCGGCACUGGGUGUCUGGACGAACAGGCUAUGGAUGAGGGCUUGUUUGUUGUGGAUUUAUCCUCAGAGGAGAGAGGGGAAGAGUUGGACUUUGCUCUGUGUCUUCACCAAGAUACCGGGCCGUUGUGCACGCCUCUGACUGAUGCACUGAACCCCUGUGAGGACGUAAUGAGCCAGGGCUUCCUGCGGGUGUUGGUCUGGGUCGUUAGCUUGUUAGCCAUCUCAGCUAACUUGUUGGUACUCUUCAUCCUGUUGACAUCUCAGCAGAAGCUUUCUGUCACCCGUUUCCUUUUGGGUCACCUGGCUUUUGCCGACGGCUGUAUGGGGAUGUACUUGCUGCUGAUAGCGUCAGUCGAUUACUACACGCAUUCUAACUACUACCAUUAUGCUAUUUCCUGGCAAACAGGAAGUGGCUGUCAGCUGGCAGGGGUUUUAUCAUUGUUUGCCAGUGAAUUAUCUGUGUACACAUUGACUGCAAUCAGCUUCCAGCGCUGGCAUGCGAUUUCCAACGCCAUGAGGCCGGACAGACAGAUGAGGCUGCGGCAUGCGGCAGCGCUGAUGCUCAUUGGAUGGGUACUUUGUGGGACAGUGGCCUUUUUGCCAGUACUUGGUGUGAACACUUACCAGAGAGUGAGCAUCUGUCUGCCCAUGGACACCGAGACAGUCGUGGCCCAGUUUUAUAUUGUUUCUGUUCUAAUUCUAAACAUAGUGGCGUUUAUAGUAGUAUGUCUGUGUUACCUGCACAUCUACUGCAUGGUGCACAAUCCCCAGCAUGAUUCCAGUCGAUGUGACACCAGCAUGGCCAAACGGAUGGCUGUUCUUAUCUUUACCAACUUUCUGUGUCUGGCUCCUAUUUGUUUCUAUGGAUUGGUGGCAGUCUUCCACCAGCCACUGAUGACCAUCUCUGAUUCCAAGGUGCUGCUCGUGCUCUUCUACCCGCUGAACUCUUGUGCACACCCGUUUUUUUACGCCAUCUUAACCAAGGCGUUUCACAGAGACAUCCUGAUGCUGUUCAGUCGGAUGGGGCUUUGCCAGAAGCAGGCGUACCACUCUCGAAGCCAGUUCCUCUGCAUCACUCCUCAAGUUUACAGAGAGACUUUGCCUGGCCGAACUGCCAGUCAGCAACAUCCUGAAACAUGACCCACGUGUUUACUUCUAAAACAUAUUUAAGUACAAUCUGAUAAUGUCCUUCUUCAUGUCUGUUAUUAUGAAUUACAGCAAAAAAAAGAAAAAAAAUGCUGUCCUCCUUGAGCCUAUGUACUUCAAUUUGAAGUGAAUAGAAUAAUAACAAUGCUGCAAAAUGAAAACCUUAAAUUUGAUUUUUAAUACGUGCUUACAUGUUUUAACUGAUCUAUUUCCAAUGUAAGUUGCUUUCAAUGA